CAGUGGUCUUGCAUUAUCAAACGUGUGUGCCGAUUAUAAAAAAAACAAUAUAAAAAACAUAACCCAACUGAAAUAAAUCAUUAACAAUCAAAUAAAAAAAAAGCAAAAUGAUUAUGACAAUUGGAAGAAAUAUAUUUCGUAUAAAAACAAGAUUUUCUAGAUAUUAUUCAUUAAAUAUUAAUCCAACAAUAACAGACAAUGUCAAUCAAAAUAUCCAUGCAUUGUCAAAUACCAAUGACAUCAUUGUUGAACAAAAUUGGGAGCAUAAACAAAUACGAAGAGACACUGAUAAAUCAUUGAGAAUUGCAAUUCUUGGUUUGCCAAAUGUUGGAAAAAGUACAUUAAUAAAUCGUCUUGUUGGUCGUCCAGUUUGUGGAAUGUCAUCAAAAGUUCAUACAACAAAAAAAAAAUUAGAUGCUAUUUAUAUUGAGGAUGAUACACAAUUAAUAUUUGUAGAUACACCAGGUCUUGUGACAAAUCAUGAUUUUAAAAAAUUUAAACUUAACCCGACAUUUAAAUGUGACAUUGAUAAAUCAUUAUCAAAUUGUGAUAUUGUUGGUAUUGUACAAGAUGCAUCACAUCCAUUUAAAUCAAGUAAAAUUGAUGAAAGAAUAAUGGUUUGUUUAAAAAAGCUACCACCAAAUUUACGUUCAAUAUUAAUAUUAAAUAAAAUUGAUAAAUUAAAAAGUAAAAAAAAAUUACUUGAACUUGUUGAUGUACUAACUGGUGCAGAUAAUUGGCCAAAUUUUUCUGAUGUUUUUAUGGUAUCUGCAUUAAAAGAUGAUGGUGUUAUUGAUAUACGAAAUUAUCUUUUGGAUAUGUCUGAAAGUCGUGAUUGGGAAUAUGAUCCAGAAACAAUAACAGAUUCACCACCAGAAAAAAUAGCAACUGAAAUUGUACGUUCAAAAUUUAUGGAUGCAUUACCUGAAGAGUUACCUUAUUCAGUUGGUGUUGGUAUUGAACAUUUUGGCACACUUCCAGAUGGUAGUAUGUCAAUUGUUGUAGCAGUAAAAUGUCCAACUGAUAGAAUAUCUAAAAUUGUCAUGGGUAAACAUGGUGCACGUGUUAAAAUUGUUGCUAUACAAGCUGAACAAGAAUUAAGCCAAGUAUUUAAAACAACAGUUAGACUAAAAAUUGCUAUUAAAUUUUCAGAUAAAAAUGAACUUUGCUAAUUUAAAAAAAAAAAACAAUUACUUUUUGUUUUUUAUUCUAGUGUUUAACAUAAUUUUAUUUGUAAUUUUUUCUUUUUUUUUAUCUGUAAAUAAAUACAAUGUUUAAUGUGAAAUUUAAUGUGAAAUUUAAUGUGAAAUUUAUAAAUUAUUAUUAUUUAAAAGAGGAAAAUAUAAAUCAGUAUCACAAA